UUUAUCUGUUGACAUUCUACCCGAUAGCAUCUAACCAUGCGUUUUUUGGAGUUCUGUAUUUUUAGUGCAUUACUUGCACUGGUCUUGUAUUCAAUGGCAUCUGAUGCAGCACACAGUAAAGACGAUGUUUUGAUGAAACGUAUCUCGGAUCUGCAUUUUAAACUGUUUUCUUCCAUGAAAAAGAAAACAAAAACGAUGAAGGCUGCUGUCUUCGAGACCCAGUGCUGUGCAUCAGGCUGUACGUUCAAUAGUUACAAAGCUGGUGUACCCAGAGUCUGCAAUGGACAACUGUUAACACAACUGAAUGAGAUCCAAUCAAGUAUUAACAACAUUUGGAAAAAGAAACCUAUUGCUUGUAAACACGGAUGGAAACGGUAUGGCGACCACUGCUACCAUUUAUUCAGGGCAAAAAUGAAUUGGUUUGAAGCACAGAUUUUCUGCAGAAAACAAGGAGCAUCAUUGAUACAAAUAAAUAAUGCAGGUGAAAAUAGAUGGCUUACUAAGAAUUUUCCAAAUGUUCCAUACUGGAUUGAUUUCACUGACAAUGGUACGGAGGGGAAAUGGGUGACAUUGUCUACCGGAAGAAGUGAGUACACAAGUUGGGAUCGUGGACAACCCGAUAAUUGGCGUGGGAAUCAAAACUGUGCAUACAACAAUUUCAGAAAACGCGCUGGACGUUGGGACGAUGGGGGAUGUAAAGCUAAAUUUCAAGCCAUGUGUGAAGCAUCAGGUUCUGAAUUCUGACCAUGGAAGAUGGAACAUAAGCACGGGUUUUAAAUAAAUUGAAUCAAAUUAAUUGAUAACUUUAUUAAUAUGAAAAACAAAAUAAAAUCUCAUGUGGAAAAGUCAA